GGAGGAUCCCGGUGCCCGGCGGGUCCCGAUCCCCAUCCCGAUCCCCAUCCCGAUCCCGGGGAUGCGGCGGCGGCUGCUGUGGCUGCUCUGCGCCGCCGCCGCCGGCUGCUGCUGUUGGGGCCCCGCCAUGGGCAAGACGCUCCGCGGCGGCUUCGCCAGCGCCGCCUCCCGCCUCGAGCCGUGGCGGCCCGUGGCGCGCUUCCAGUUCCACGGUGAUCAUGCUGUUCUGUGUGUCAGAAUCAAGAAUGUGGCAGUAGCUGUGACAAAAGCAGCUAGACUCCACCUCUUUCAAGCACAGGAAUGGCAGAAGCUGCAGAACAAUAUCCAGGAUCACAGCUGUACAGGGAAGUUCUCUAAAGCUCAGCUGACAAUGACUGUGAACCACACAGAGCAAAAUCUGACAGUGUCCCAGAUUCCUUAUCCGGAAACAUGGUAUGUGUUUUAUGUAGACAAGUUUACCUGCGAGGAGAAUUAUUCUGAAUCCGAGGAUAUUCAGUUUGAAAUGAUCUUACUAAACCCAGAUGCAGAAGGGAAUCCAUUAGAUCACUUUAGCGCAGGGGAAUCGGGAUUACAUGAAUUCUUUUUCCUGCUUGUCCUAGCAUACUUCAUAACUGCUUGCAUAUAUGCACAAUCCCUGUGGCAGACAAUGAAGAAGCGUGGACCUAUGCAUGCUGUGUUAAAGGUGUUGACAAUUGCAUUACUGUUGCAGGCUGGUUCAGCUUUUGCCAACUACCUGCAUUUUUCAAGUUAUUCUAAAGAUGGGAUAGGAGCUCCUUUUAUGGGAAGUCUGGCAGAAUUGUGUGACAUAGUCUCACAGAUACAAAUGCUGUAUUUAUUAUUGAGUCUAUGUAUGGGUUGGACAAUAGGCAGAAUGAAGAAAUCUCAUGGCAGACCUCUUCAGUGGGAUUCCAGUCCAACGUCUACUGGCAUUGCUGUAGUAGUUGUUGUUACACAGAGCUUUUUGUUAAUUUGGGAGCAGUUUGAAGAUACAAAUCACCACAGCUACCACUCGCACCAUGGUUUAGCAAGCGGACUGCUUAUUGGCCUCAGAGUUUGUCUGGCUUUGUCACUGGCUGCUGGUCUUUACCAGAUUAUCACAGUGGAGAGAAGCACGCUGAAAAGGGAGUUCUACAUCACCUUUGCCAAAGCCUGCAUUCUCUGGUUUUUGUGCCACCCAUGUCUUGCAACCAUUGCUGUAAUAUUCAGAGAAUAUCAAAGAGAAAAGAUUAUUACCAUAGGUGUUAUCCUCUGUCAGUGCAUCUCCAUGGUUAUCCUCUACAGACUUUUUCUAUCUCAUAGUCUAUAUUGGGAGGUAUCUUCUCUGUCAUCAGUGACAUUGCCACUAACAGUAUCCUCCGGACAUAAAAAUCGACAUCACUUCUGAGAUGUUUAGGAAGAAUACGUUAUGUUAUAAAUGUGCAAUAAUGACUUAAGUAUACAGGUAUUUUUGUCACAUGUGUGUGAUACAUUGGUUUCACUGGAAAACUGAGUGAUAAUAUCAGACCUUUGGUCUGACAAGGUUGCUAGAUUAAUCUAUUAAAAGUGUUGGGGAGUGUAAAAAUCUGUAAUUUUAAUAGUUUUAUAAAUACUGUUUAUUGGUAACAUCUGGUGCUGAGCUGUAUCACAGAAGAGUACCAUGAAUCUUUUCCAUUCACAGACACCAAAAACGCCCAUACUUUGUAUCAAUACUAGGUUUGAAGGUCUUACAAAAUGCAGUUCUUAAAACAUCUGCAUGCUCAAACAAGUUUGAAAUAGGCCAGUUGUGAAAUUGGUGUGAUGCAUAACGAUGAGUACAAGGGUUUUUUUAUUUUCAUGCUUUAGAGAAAAUGCAUUUUAUGUAUCAGUAUAAAAGAUGGGGAAACAAAAGAGGGCGAAUCCUCUAGAAAACACUUGUAAAAUGUUCACAACUGACUGCAAGAAACUUUCCUUUAUUAUUGGUGAAAAGAAAAGCCUUUUUUGCAACUAAUGUUCAUACUGGUUAAAAUUCUAAUGGGAAUAUAAAUAGGGUUUAUAUCUGCCUCUUUUUUUUUUUAAAUCAAUGUAAAUAAAAAUUUCAUCCAGUAAUGCAGGUUUAAACAGUUUUUGAGGCUUAGAAGACAUAGCAACAUAAAGGUAAUUAAAACAGCAGGCUUGCAUCUUUUAAAGAAAAAAAAAGGCAAAGAAAAUGGAAUGGGUGAUGUGGUACUAGAAUUUUAAUCCUGAUAUAAUUCAUUUCUGUUACAUUGAGGAUUCAAUCAUAAUUAAGCCAUAUACACAGAUUAAAUUAACAGAAGCAUUUCAAAUAAAUGUUGGUUUCAGUCAUCAACUACCCAUGAAUUCCUGCCCAAGGAUACUUAAUCAGGAUUAAAUUUUCUAUGAAUAAUUGAAAAACAAAAUACUCACUGGAUUUGUUAUAAUCCAUGUUGGCACUGGGUUCUAAGUAGUUGCCAUCUUCCAUCCAUUGUAAUAAAGCCAUACUACUUUGUGAUGCCCUAGCAUUCAGAAAGCCAGUGUAAAUAUAUACUUUAUUGAAGUGCCUAUUUAUUGAGUAUGAUUAAAUCAUGCUGACAUUUUUUCCUUCAUAAUAAGAACAUACCUAUUGCCAUUGUGAGUGAAUUCUUUUUUUCUAUUUAGUUAAUAUUUGUCAAAUUUUAGACUUCAUACACGUGUAUUUCUUCACCAAAUGGAUUUUAUUUUCUAGUAAAUGAGUAUUUGCUUUUUCUUAAUGGUGUGUAUUUAAUUAUGUCUCUGUGAAAACACAGGUUCUAGCUUUAAAAUAGCCCUAACUUUUCCAUUCAUGUUUGCCUUAGUUGUGAGCAUAGUUGAAACGUAAGUCUGUUCCAUUUUAGUUUAGAGGGAAAACUAGACAUUUGCCUUUGACUAAGGCAAAAUGGCAACAUGACAAAGUUGCUCAUUAAAUCAUCUCCUUUCUUAUUGUUUGUAAUUCAGAUCAAGAAUGGCAGGUUGAGGCUGGAAAAGAUGAGAUAUUAUGAUUUCACACAAUCUUCAGAAUGAUUAAAAGAUUAAUUAUUACAUUCCUCUGAUAACCACACAAAAAUAUUAUUGGUUAAAACUUCAGUCUUUAUUUCCCUGCUUAUCUCUGUACUUUUCAUCUUCUCAAGAAAAAAGCAUCCUGUUUUUGAUAAGUCUCCAGUAACGCAAGUAGAAGAGUUCUAUCUGUCUUCAUGUAUAAGACUUGAAAUUCACACGUAAAAUAGAAUUUUCUGAUAGACAGAAGUACUACUUUACAGUUUGUGAUCCAUCAUGAUAAAAGUUUUAAUCUAUGCAGAAAAACCUCUGUGUGACUUUCAGAAGAGGCACUCCAUUUGUUUUAUUCUCCAGAAGUACUUUCUUACUUCCUGUAGUUCCUCUGACUUCAGUUAGUCAGUAUUAUGAAACCAUUUACCUUAAUUUCUCCUUAUAAAUAUACCCUACAACAAUUCAUAAUUAAUUAGUGUAAGUAAGAAACAUAAGGUGUUGUCUCUUAAAUCUUGCCCAGAUUGCCCCAUAAGUCAACAGGUAACAUUAGCUUCUUAGUUUGGCAUUGAAUUCAGUUAUUUGAAAAUAAAUUUUAAUUUUGCUAUUUCUGUAACUAGGAAUUAAGUAUCACUUUCUCAUGGUAAGUGGUACAAAGGACAUGCAUUUCUGCCCAGAUCUAUUAGCACUCUUUAAAAACCAACGCUCACCAACCUUAUGUUGUUAAAUAACUAUUGUGUACUGUAGCAGUACAUCACCAUGACUGCAGUGAUAUUCAAGACAUCAGUUAAUUCAGUGGGGAGAGUCUUCAAGUAUGACUAGUGACAAACUUACAGGUACAUACUUACCUGUACUCUAGAUUGUAGCUUACUGCCUCUGGAUCAUGCCAGAAGAGUGGUUCAGGUAUGUGAAAGCCUCUCUCUUCUUUCCAACUUGCAUCUCCUGUGAGACCAGCUGAUAAGACCAUGGUGUUUUUGUGCUUAUCCACGCUGUUACCCAUUCUAUCAAUUUGGUUUCAUAACCUCAUCUUGAAAAAAAGCUUCCAGCCAUCUUUCAGUUUUCUUCAAUCCACACAUCCUGACUUGAAAGCUUUUCUUCUAAAAUGUGCUUUCUGUCACAAACAAAAAAAAAAAAAUCCGUUUUCUGUCACAAACUGGGGCUUUUUGGUACACCUGUGUCAGCUCUGCGUUAGGUGACAGCAGUGGACAGAAGCACUCUUCUGGUACAGCUGUAGCCCCACUGUGUACGUGGUGCAGGUUUGGGCCCACUGAAAGCUGCUGCACACCUGGGGAAUUCUCAGGGAGAGCUACACCAGCUCCAGGCUCCCUGCCACCUUACCACUACAAGAGGCUGGAGCAGGGUCCCUCUGAAGGUAGCACUUCUGUUGCUGGCCAUGAUGAGCAGCACUGUCGAGUUGAGGUCAAAGGACGACGUCUUGAGAGUUUCUGUGCAUUGUGCGGUUCUGUUUUAAAUACAGUUGGGCAUACAGUGUCUGCUAAUUCUAUUGCCCACACAUUUUGGUGCUCAGAAAAGAUGAAUGUGUAUUUACAUGACUGCAAACUGAAGUUGGUUGUGCUCUGAAGAAAUCCGCUUCUAUGUGCAAAAGGGCAUCGCCCGGCCAGCCAUCACUUCUUCUGCUGGCACAGAUGUCAGUUUGUGUCAGUUAUGAUUUAUUGGUUGGGAGGGAGGAUCCCAGUUCAGGAAACAUGAGGGUGAGAUCACCACCUUGGUCUACAAGACCCCCCACAAGCUGUCAGGAGACAUCAUCCUGCAUUGCUCCUGCCCAGUGAUGUGGAGGCUUGUGCAGUUCUAGGGCUCAUCGCAAGUCACCUAAGCUACUUGCUCCUGUUCUGCAUAGACGGUGUUGAUUGUAUAUUUAUUUAAAGUGCUUCAGGUAGGAAAAUGAAUAUUUACAAUUAAAUAUAUGUAAAUGGAAGUGGAAAGGCUUGAUUGGAAAAAUAUCAGGUUUCUAAUACAUAUUACAAUACUAAGACCUCCCACACACGACAAACAUUUAUAGCCAGAAUAUUUCUUUUAAUGAAUAUUUCUUUCUGGUUCCUAUGCCAAUGGAAAGCCAUGCAAGUAUCAAAAUGUUUUUGUUUGCAUCUCAAUCCUCUACAGAACUGGAAGAAUGUUUUAUUUGAUUUGGCUCUAGUUUAUUCUGUGCAAUGUUCUGCCUCUAAUUGAUAGAAUAAAUGUUUUUUGGGCUGGCCAAGGCGGAUGUUACGCUGUACCUUUUAACUUUUUGUGUGACUAUGCAAUUUACAAAGAGCAGGUGAUCCUUCUGAAUGUCAAACAUUAAAAGAGAAAGUAUUAAACUGUU